AUGUUUGUUCCAGGCAUUGCUAACAGAGUAUUACGUCCAAUGCUGGGUAUUGUGGACCCCCUCCAUGCUCUGACUAUGCCAGAGAGAGUGGCAGCUAACAGUGGCUUUGAUGUACUCUGCCAUGCUUUAGAGUCCUACACGGCCAUUCCCUUCAACGAGCGCACCCCGCGACCAGAGAACCCCAUUCUGAGGCCAGCGUACCAGGGCAGUAACCCCAUCAGUGACCUGUGGUCACUCCACGCCCUGAGGAUCGUGGCUAAGUACUUCAGGAGAGCGGUCAAGGACAACACGGACAAGGAGGCCAGGUCAGCCAUGCACCUGGCCAGCGCCUAUGCUGGGAUUGGUUUUGGAAAUGCUGGGGUACAUUUAUGCCACGGCAUGUCGUACCCCAUAGCUGGACUUGUCAAGCAGUACAGGGCUAAGCAGUAUGCAGUAGACCAUCCCCUCGUGCCCCAUGGUUUAUCCGUAGUGCUCACUGCUCCGGCUGUUUUCCAGUUUUGUGCUCCAAUGUGUCCAGAGAGACACAUAGAAGCUGCAGGGAUAUUGGGUGCUGAUAUUACUAGUGUGAAGAAAGAAGACGCUGGACUAGUCCUAGCUGAUGUUCUCCGUCAGAUCAUGCAUGACCUAGAUGUUGACGAUGGACUGAACUCCAUUGGUUUCACCUCUGAGGAUAUCCCAGCUUUGGUCAAAGGAACACUGCCACAGCAUCGUGUGACUAAACUGGCCCCAAGACCUCAGACGGAGGAGGACCUAGCUAUGCUGUUUGAGAAAGCCAUGAAGCUGUAUUAGCUCGGAGUGUUAGAAAUUAAAAAUUAAUUUGGAAAUUUCUUGCUGACUUAAAUUGCUCAGCGUGUAGGGUAAAAUUACUUAAAAUUAUUUUAAAAAUAGCUGAGGAAAAUUCAGUUUUGCAAAUUUAAAGUUACUUUUCUUUAAUAUUGAAUUAAAGAAUGGAACAGUGUCUGACUCAAUGAGAUCAUUAUAAGCAAUACAGCAGGUGUGUUUAAGUAGACACAAUAUAUUGUGAUAUAUUACCUCAAGAAUGCAAUAUUAUUCUCUUGGAGAUUUUAUAAUUAACAUGAAUCAAUGAAUUUAAUGAAAAAUAAUUCAUAUAUUUUUUAGAAUGAUUAAGCCAUUGUCUAAUAUUUGAUGGGACUCUUCCAAAUCUAUUUUUAUGAUUAAAUAGAGAACAUUACAUGAAUUAAGGUUAGCAUCAUCUUUUUGGGAAAAAUUCAAAGCAAAACAACAUUUUCGUAAUAUUAACAAAAUUGACUUUUUUUCUGCAUAUCUUUUAUAACUUCCAAACAAGCUAUAUCUGACUUAGCCAUACAACUUGUGUGUGUGUAUAAUCAAGGUAUUUUUAAUAUUUUUAAGCAAUAAGUAUUAUACUAAAAGACAUUUUAAUGUACAGACACAACAGGUGUCUGUACAUGCUGCCAUCAUCUGCGUCUGUCCGUCUGUCUUGCUGGAGUAGUAGCUGUCCACAUUUCCCUUUACUGCAAUUAUUUGGAGGCAAUAACUUUAUCCUUGUUAUAUCAUUCGCUAGGGCUGUGUUCAGGUUAAAAGUUAUUGGUCCAGCAGGAACGCUCUAUCUCAGUGGGGAUUCUUGCUAAGGCGCAGCUUUAUUGUCUGGCACGCCCCCUCAUUAUGUAAAGUACUCGGGUAAAGUUAGGAAAACUUUGUGUUCCAUGACGUUGUUCAAGUUGCUUUGCUAGGGGGUGUGCCAAACAAUUUAGCUGAUUCCAUUAACUGCGACUUAGCAAAAAACAAUUCCGAGACAGAUCCAUCCUGCUGGACUGAUCUUUUUAUCUGAACACAGCCUUGAACUGUGAGACCCAGAGUUUGUAUGUUGCUUUCCUAUUUCAUCAUAUUUGAUGUCUAAUAGAAUAUUCCCAGACCCUAUCAUACUAACUUUGGAUCAAACUAUCUCCAAGGGGAUUCUUGCGUAAUUGCAAUAACUUUAGCGGCUUCGAUGACUGUUAUGCCUACUGAAGCUGCUAGGGGGUUAUUAACUAUGGUUUAGCAGUUUCAGUAGCCGUGCCAGACAUCUAAGCCACUUAAGCUGAUAGCAAUAUAGCGAGAAACCCAGUGGAGAUGGACUGAUUCUGUUAGAUCGAUCUAGAGAUGGGAACCCAGUCUAAACUGAUAUGUUGUCUGUACAUAUGUCAGCAUUGUCUGGCUUGCUAUAGCAUUAUUAAGAGCUCAAGGACAUCGUAAUAUGCAUUUUAUACAACGUGAUUAAAGGUGCUUUGAAAUGAUAAAUUGAUAAUAAAUAUAUACUUAUAUCAGAUUGUUGAGAAAAUGCCAAUGAGUGUUUAAUAAAAUAUUUAUAUACGGA